CGUUAUUUUGUAUUAAUGUUUUUACUCAUUUAUUUUUGUAUUUAUCGUGCCUUUAUUCUUGCGGAGGUCUGUUCUUUUGAAGACGGGAUAAUGCUCCCGGUAAACCCCCCUCCGAUUGUAAAAAUCCGUGUUUUAAAUACAUUAUUUAUUUAUAAAAACAGAAAGCAAAAUGUGUUUUGUUGAACCGGAUUCGAUUACAUUUUAUGUGUAAAAUACGUUUUAUAAUUUCGCUAAAUACAAGAUGUUCAGCAUACCCACUAUUAAUUAAUUAAUUAAUUAAAUUAACUUAUUUUUAAACAUGUCGCGAUGUGACUAAAGGGAAGGUUGAACCGACAACGGAGCACUAAAAACCGGCUGCACAGCUCCGUGGAAAUCUGAGAAUUACUGAAGUCAGACAAGGUUCGUAUUUGCCCCCGAAACUGAGAAUUGCGGUGGCUGUGGCGACAGCUGCGGAAAUCUGAAAUCCUCUGCAGUGCAUUGAAGCUUGUAGUGGUUUGAACACCCGUGCGUAAUCUACUCAUCCUCGGGUUUACUGCCGAUACCCUAAACCAAGCUUCGCUCCAUCAUGGGCAAGAGGGCUUUUUGUCGCUAUGCGCCCCAAACUUGAGAUCGACCUUUCGCGAUCUAUCAGGGAUGCUGAGACCACUGAUGCUCUCAGAUCCUUUUCUCUCUCUCUCUCUCUCUCUCUCUCUCUCUCUCUCUCUCUCUCUCUCUCUCUCUCUCUCUCUCUCUCUCUCUCUCUCUUUAUUGAACAGUAUAUCGGCACUAUCUAUGCAGAGGUUCCAUAUGUGUUGUAGUAGCUAGAUAAUACAAGUUGUUUAUCAAGUCGAAAUUACACUAGGCUCAGCGAUGACGCUGUAGGUGGCUACACGAUGAGUCUGCAGCGUGUGAAGAAGCGAGCGGCUGACGGCACACGAUGAGCGGUGAGCUGAGCGUGAAAUUGGGCUUUUAAAAAAAUUAAAAAAUCCUGACGCUUUAGAAAGCUGAAGCAGAAGCACCAACCAGCAUUCUUACUGUGAACCAGAGUCUUAACUGGUUUAUUCUCACCCACGUUUACAACCCAGCACAGUUAUGUGACACCAUCCUCUCAUUAAUUUGCCAUGGCUGCAUGAAUGCCAGUAGUGAGGCGUAGUUAGUGUUGCUGCUUUCGAUAAUAAUCGGUAAAGCUCGUUAAAUGUCUAAUUCCCCAAAAAUGAGUUUGACCGAAAUAAAAGUAUAUACGAUUAAACGCUGGUAAAACCACUCGCUAUUUUUUCUUUCUUUCUUACCAAAAUUCUAAUUUAGAAAUCCUCUCUAGUCUGUGUAGUUUUAAUACUUGCUGUCUGUCCCAUCUCCAUUCAGCUCUGAAUGGCUAGGGGUCACAGUACAGAGGCUGCCCUGUCAAAGUGCUGAUUUACUAAUGAGCGCAGACUGCGGUCUCACACACCUUGUGCUUCUGUUAGAUCAAAGUGCAGCAUUUAAUACCAUUGAUCAAGCUGAAAUUGAUCGCCUUGAAAGAUGCAUAGGGCUAUUGGAAACUGUUUUAGACUGGCUUAGGUCAUAUCUUAUGGACUGGCAGAAUUUUGUUUCAAUAGCAGACUUUAUAUCACAAUUAUCUGCUAUCUGCUGUGAUGCCCCUCGGGCUCCGUUGGUCCCAAAGAAUUCUCCUUAUACAUGUUAUCAUUGGGCAUGAGUAUCAAUAAACACCACAGACAUUUUCACUGUUAUGCUAAUGACACACAACUUUACAUCUCUGUAAACCCUGGGGAUAUAUUGGCUGUCUCCACCCUAACUGUAUGUCUGUUGAAGGUGGAAAGCUGGAUGUCCUAACAUUUUUUGCAGUUAAACUCAGGUAAGGCUGAAGUCUUGCUGUUAGGUUCUCGGCAGCAAUUGGAGUUGGCAAAUUCUAUAAAAACACAUUUUAGGUAAAUAUAGUUCAAAUAGCAAUUCCAAACCUGGGAUUUGUAAUUUGAUUCUGAUUUCUGUUUCAAGGCUCAUACUUCCAAUACCACUCAAGUGUCCUUUUAUCUGGUGUGCAACAUUACCAGGAUUAGGUCCUUUUUAUCAUUGCAUGAUGCUGAGAAGCUAAUUCAUGCAUUUGUGUCAUGUAGACUGGAUUACUGCAAUGCUCUGUUGUCUGGGCUAUCAUGCCUUAUUCCGUUUGUAGAUUGUUCAAAAUGCAGCUGCCUGAAGCACCUUCCCCACUUGAAUUGAAGUGCCAGUACUGAAAUGUUUGAAAUUGAACAGGGCUGAUACUGUGUUCCAGACCCCUAAACUAGGGAAAAAAAUAAAUCCUGCUAUCGGUUAUGUUCAAACACAUGAAUGUGAAAUGAUAUAGUGUAUAGUCUAUAACUAAGAGCGCUGUGAUGUGUAAUAAUAAUGAUAAACAGACAGACGAGUCUUUGAAUGAGUGGCUCCAGUGUGUAUCACGGCAUGAAUUUGAGGUUUCUCUUGUUUGUCGGUACAGGGAUGCAGACGGAGCGUGCAAAGAGGAUGGACUCUGCAGGAGAAGAAGCAUCCCUGAAUUCACCUGAGCUGCCCUGGAACCAGCUCUAUUUGAAGAGAAGGACUAAGUCCAGGAUCCAGUUAAGGAGGAGAGUGUGCUUCACUGGCCCUGCUGCUGCUGCUGUUACCGGGGUAUUGGCAAUCCUCAUACUGGCUGCUGGCAGGGUCAGCGGCAGUGAGUUUGUGACAGUCCUGAGCUCAGUGAAGUGUACUGAGGGGCAGGACUGUAUCCUGAGCUGCACUUUCAACUACACAGCAGGAGGCUGGAAUGAGAAGUCAGGUGUGAUCUGGAGAAGAGCAGAAACACAUGACAUCAUUCACAGUUACUAUGACAACAGGGACCAGCUUGCCUAUCAGUUCCCUCAGUAUGUGAACAGGACCAGCCUGUUUGAUUCUGAGCUGCAGCGCGGGAAUGCUUCACUGCUGCUGAGGAGAGUCGGGGAGGAAGAUGCUGGAAAUUACAGCUGCUCUGUUUACAUUCCUAGACUGUAUGGGACGGGCCUGAGUGAGGUAGUCGUGGUUCCGGCUGAACCCACAACAGCACCAGCUCAUGUGACGGUCCCGAGCUCAGUAAUCUGUAUUGAGGGGCAGGAUUGUAUCCUGAGCUGCACCUUCAACUACAUAGCUGGUGGCUGGGAUGAGAAGACAAAUGUGACCUGGAGACGACUAGAAACACACAGCAUUGUUCACAGUUACCAUGACAGCAGGGACCAGCUUGCCCAUCAGCUCCCUCAGUAUGUGAACAGGACCAGCCUGUUUGAUUCUGAGCUGCAGCGCGGGAACUGCUGCUGAGGAGAGUCAGGGAAGAAGAUGCUGGAGAAUAUGAGUGCUCUGUUUCCACUCCUAGACUGCACGGGUCGGGCCUGACUGAGGUAGUCGUGGUUCCAGUUCAACAACACCACUGGUGGGUUUUAGGAGCAGUUCUUUUUCUUUGUGUGGUUGCAGGUCUCUGUGUCGGACUGUGGUGCUGUAAACAACAUGCAGUUUGCUGCUGGAAGUCCAACAAGGCCUCCAGUCCAGCACGGGCAGUGUUGUUAUCAGGUGUAAUUGAGAAGCCCAGUGAAGGCAGACCGCUCCCCAGCACUUCAAUACAGUCAGAGAGAGAGAGAGAGAGAGAGAGAGAGAGAGAGAGAGAGAGACAGACAGUCAGCGCUGCCUAAUCAGGACACUGAUAAAUCACGAUCGCUGAUGAAUGGGAUACAACUCCGGGAGACGGUUCUUCCCAGUGCUGUUGAUGUCGUUUGGGAAGUCCCUUUGUUUUAAUUGGGAUGCAGUAUUUUCAAAUGAUGAAGGGAGAUCGCUCUUCAGAGCAUAUUGAAUGUUGAUUUUGUUUGGGCCAUUCCAGGUGGAAGGUUGCAGGGACUCUAAAAUCCAGAAUAUGAAAGAUAUUCAGUAUUGCUUUGCAGAGAUUCAGAAGCAAUAGAGAAGAUCACAAUGCUUAUUGUUACUGACCUGUAAUGAAGCACGGAAAAUAGGAGGCACUUUUUUACACAGAGAAUCGUGAGGGUCUGGAACCAAUUCCCCAGUAAUGUUGUUGAA